AUGGCUUUCCCAUUCAUGAGGAGUUUUAUUCUGCUCUUUUUAUACCGUUAUGUACGCUUGGUAGUCAAUCUAUGGUCGUUUUACACCUUCAAACCAAUCCCCAUUCCAGAGAACCCCAAAUUGACCGCAGAAGACGUGACGGUUAUUGUGCCCUCUCUGGAAGGAUGUGGCGAUGAAUUGGUCGAGACGAUCCGCACGAUCCUGGACACCAAACCACAUGAAUUGUUACUCGUCACGAUCGAAGCCAAUCGCAAAGAUGCCGAGAAGAUGUUGAAGGCGAUGCCGGCAUACCUCCACGACCGCAUUCGUCUCUUCACGAUCACUCAUCCCAAUAAAAGACGUCAGAUGACUCGGGCUAUACCAGAGGUACGCACAUCAAUCACCAUAUUCGCCGAUGACGAUGUGAGCUGGCCGCCUACCGCAUUGCCAUGGAUUCUGGCUCCAUUCGACACCGACGAACGCUACGGUGGAGUUGUUACAUGUCAAAGACUACGUAGGGCGGUUAAUCCGACGUUCUCUGAGAAGAUCUGGAACUUUCUCGGUGCUCUUUACUUGGAACGUCGAAACUUUGACUGUGCUGCCACAACGCAUAUCGAUGGUGGCGUGCCAUGUCUGUCCGGACGAACAGUAGCCUAUCGAACCAAGAUUCUACAAGACGAGGUAUUCACCAACGAUUUCACUAAUGAGGAGUGGUGGUUUGGCAAAUACCAACUCAAUGCGGAUGAUGAUAACUUUAUCACUCGCUGGAUGGUCUCGCAUGGUUGGGAGACUUAUAUUCAGUAUCAUCCAGAAGUUGAAGUCAAGACUACUCUCGAGAAUAACCCUAAAUUUUUAAAGCAGUGCGCUCGAUGGUCGCGAAGCAAUUGGCGAAGCAAUUUGACCAGCAUGUUUGCCGAGCGUUAUAUCUGGUAUCGUCAGCCUUGGAGUACAUACGCCGUCCAUCUUACCACCCUCUCACCUCCAGCCCUCCUCGGCGACUGCCUUCUCAUCUACUUGUGUCACAAAGCAACCGAGACCCUUGAUGGCGAUGUACACUGGUGGGCAAUGCGUGCUUUGGGGAUUUGGAUGUUCAUCAGCAAAUUCAUCAAGUUGCUGGGUCAUUAUAGACGAUAUCCUGCCGACUUCCUCUUGUUGCCCGUCUCGAUCCUGUUCGGUUAUUUCCACGGCGCCAUCAAGAUCUAUGCGGCGGUAACACUGAAUGUGACUGCCUGGGGCAGCCGCGAGGGUGCCGAUGCCAACGAUGCCGAACGUAUGAGAAAGCGUUCUGAUAUUGAACGUGAGAAACACGCCCGAAGAUUAGCUUCGAUAUAUCCUCUUAACAAAGUGGUGUGGCCGUCUUCCGGAUAUGCCCCCAUUGCUUAG